AUACUUGGUUUAAUAAAGUUUUCUUUUUUUUUUUUUAUUGUGUAUAGAGGCAUUACGUUUGUCCCUUCACAUCACAUUCUUUUCAGCUGUUCCCCCUCUAAUAUACCUAUGGUAUAGUGGAGUUUGAUACAAAGAAUUUACAGAAAAGAAUAGCCUUCUCUACCAGCACUGAUCUGUUUUUGUAUCAUGGUAAUUAUCAUGAAAUGCAAGAGGUUUUUGCUGAACAUUUUAAUCUCCAAUUCUGAUGAGGGCAUCAUGCAGAUGUUUGGUGCCUUGCAGUCAGCGACUGUGGUGACUUUGUUGUUACAGGAUCUCAUGACCGGUCCAUUCGCCGUUGGGAUCGUACUGAGGAGCCUUUUUUUAUUGAGGAAGAAAAAGAGAAGAUUGGGGGAAAUUUUCGAGGCUGACAUUGACAAUACAUUUGAAAACAAACAUAUACCAAAGGAAGAACUUCCAGAGGAGGGAGCUGUUGCAUUAGCAGGGAAGAGAAAUUUGGAAACCCUGACAGCCACCGAUUCAAUUAUUGAUGCACUAGAUGUGGCAGAAGUGGAGUUGAAACGAAUAGCUGAACAUGAGGAUGAGAAAGCCAGAGGAAAAGUUGCUGAAUUCCAGCCAAAUAUGAUUAUGCUUGGGUUGUCUGCAUCUGAUUAUGUCCUUCGUGCUCUUUCAUAUAUUAGCACCAAUGAUCUGGAGCAGACUUUACAGCCAAGUUAG